ACGAUAAUUCAGAUGUCUACCUUCAUAAUUAUAACGGGUCUAGUGACAUUUAUUCAUGAUGCGAAAUCAAUGAGUGGGAACUGGUAUCUCGAUGAAAAGCUGACCCACAUGCCCCAAGAAUGUAAGCAAUAUCUGGAAAAUCAAUUUCACAAAGAGUGCAGAAAGAUUGGUGGCGAGUUCCAAAGGUUUGAGGUUUGCAAAGUACAAUGUAUGGUAAGAACGAAUAAUUUUGUAAGAAAUGAGUACGUAAGGUUGAAGGAUGGACUUCCUUGCGGACCAUAUGGUGAGAAAUGCAGCUUUGGUCUAUGCCGUGGUCCAUGCGACGUGCAGUUCUUCGAUCCAGUAAAACCAAGAAAUGGUGAAGAUUUUCAUCAAAAUAAAACUGAUUUAUUAUGA